AUGACGCCGCAUUUUUGCAUCUCUUUUUCUUUUCUGUAUUCACCCCAGCCGACUGUGACAAGCAGUACGGGUGUUCAGAACAACACGAUAACGGUGAACCUCUCGGAUUUCGAUGUCAUCGAAACGUUGACGAACAUGGAUGCAGUGCCGACGGGUAGCUCUCCGCCCGGCGAGUACGGCCAGAUUAUCCCUCCGAAUCCUACAACUCAGACCGCCACUUCUGGCCUUUCAUCAGGCGCCUCUUCGACCGGUGCUGCUGGCCAGCCUGCACCCACAACCCUCGGCAUCGACGCGAAGUCUUCUAAACCACCGCUGCUGCCACCGCAGCUCUUACAGGCACGGGCAGCCAACUUUGGUGUAGCAGCUGAAAUUGCCGCCGCACCCGAGUUUCGAACUCGCGCC